AUGGUGCGGGUAAAAGUAUUGGAGAUACUAGCCUUGCUGUGCCUCGUGACUGCCGAUGAGCUUCCACAAGAUCGACUAAAAGAUUCAUAUGGCAAGCUACGGCAGAAGAGACAAUACAAAUCAACUCUGACGUAUCUUCAAGGCUCGUCGGGAUCUUCCGUCGACAACGCUUCAACAGCGAAAAGUCUCGUCUCGGGCGGCCAAGUAACACCUCCUACUGAGCCCAGAGCGACCUUCGCGACACCUACAAAAAUCAUCACACAAAUUACCUACUUGCGCUCACCGGAAAUUGGAACAGUAAAUGCUGGCAGAUCCGUCUCUCUGUACACACAUAAAGCAAGCGAUGUUGGGCCUGCCAGGAGCGGCAAUGCUUCCUUUACGUACGCGCCCUCCGGCUACGUGCCGUCUCUCAGGCCGUCCCGGGGACAGCUCCCUUUUGCCAAUGGAAGUUGUGGUGGUCCUACGGUGAACAUCCUUUCUGCUUCUAUGGACUGGUGGUACACGAAGACCUAUACGCAGAUCGACUCCACGUUCCUCAUUCAAACCGGCCUGAACAAUUCUGCGACUGGAUGGACCCUGCUACCUGCAUCAACUUCAUUUGAUGUUACAGAUGCCCUCGCCGCGCCGACAUGCAUUUCAUCCCCAGCGUUCAACCCGCGAGCGAAUUCAACGAUGUUGAAGUAUUCUUGCUGGGAAACGCCCACCCCAAUAGCAGCUGCAACCACAACCGUGGAUCAAACGAUAUAUAAACGAAUUAACCAGACAACGGCAAAAGGAACAAUACCUGACGUGAUUACCACCCCUGCACCAGCCGCUCUGACGCUCGGUCGCAAUGCAACCAUCACUGCCGGUACAGCGGUCGUCCACUUCAGCAAGUACGAGAUUGUCAGCGCGCGGCCGAGUAGGCAGAGAAAUGGACAGGUUGAGUGCGCCGAGUCCACGACCACCCGUGCCUUGAACGAGACCUUCAGCUUUCCAUAUGCAGGACAGGACCCCAAUGGAACAGAGCCGGCAGAGAAGGGGAUCAUUGGCGGUGUGCACUUCGCUUUCCUGCGAGCCAUUGGGGCGGAAACUGCCACUCCCGGCACAUUUUCAGCCAAUCCAACUGUCGUGGUUGUCGUGGAGAAGGUUGUGGCUGCCAGUACCUCAUCAAACGUGCGAGGCAUUCUGCCGCCCGCACCGUCUCUCUUAACUCCCACUGCAACUUUGCCUUCGGGCCUAUCGAUCGCGCAGACCGCGCCCACCCAGACUGGCAUUGUCUGGGUACCGAUGACAGCGCACAUCGAAUCUAGCGAGGCAGCUUUGGACGUCCCCACGCCAUCAGUGCAGACAGCAAACGAUGCAGGCGUCAACGCGAAUGGCGAUUCUGUUGCCAAGCCAUUCAAGGCUCGUGUUGGAAGCAGUGAUAUCACGAUCGAUAUUGAGGUCAAUCCAACUGCAGGACAGUCAGUUGCUACAGCGCUUUAUGAUGGCAAGACCGUCACCGCUACAGCUCUGCCGCAAAGUCCAGAGUCGAGCGAGGACGACGUGGGUCGUCUUCUCUCUGCAAUUGGUAAUGUUGCGCAGCACGGAAAUGUGGCCCAGGCUGGAAGCAUGGUUGCUGGUACAAACCCCACGGCCUCUGCGAUUGCUGGCAUCAUUGGAGCAAUGCCAGGGAGUUCAUCAAACAACGAGAACUUUGAAUCCGUGAGCAAUACAGGCUCUGGCAAUUCAGGGUCGGAAAAUGCGGGAGGCUCUAGCAUCGGACAGGUCUCUAUUGGCAAUCCUGGUGCGAACAGUGGCAGCUCUGGACCAAACGCCGCAGGAGGCUCGAAUGGUAAUUCGAACGACAAUACCUACGCAAAUUCCAUUGCAAAUUCCAAUUCUGACUCGAAUAGUAAUAGCAAUGCCGGACCAGGAAGCAACUCAGGUUCAGGAAGCCGUCAAGGCUCAGAAAGCAAUUCUGGAUCUGGCAGUUCUAAGCAGCUGCCUGUGCUCAACAUCGGAUCCUCGCAGAUCACAGCUGCCAUUGCUCCGGGCCAAACAGUGUCAGCCUUGGUAUUGGACGGCCAAACGGCAGUCGCUGGAGGGCCAGCAAUUACUGUCGGCGAUACCCGUGUUUUGUUAGCGGCCGAUGCCACAGCUGUUGUCAUUGGAAGCUCGACGACGAAUAUUGGAGUAAACGGAAGGCCAGAAAAGACGCCUGUAGUGAGAAUUGGAGACACUUCUGUUACGGCUGAGAUCGUUGGGACCGUUUUGCCUCCGGCUCUUGUAGUUGCAGGACAGACUGCUUCUGCUGGUGGGCCGGCCAUUACGAUUGACGGGACCGCAGUUUCUUUGCCUCCUGGGGGGACCGGCGUGAUGAUUGGGGGUUCAACAACUAAUAUUGCUCUUGCAACACCCGGAGUCGGCGUGGGUGCCGAGAUGACUGGACCAGGAGUUCUCCCAGGAGCUGUUGCCAAUAUACCUCUCAUUACUAUUGGCUCAGAGACAUUCACGGCGAACGGUGCUACCCAAUACAACAUCGGAGGAUCAAUUUUGACCCCGGGAGGCUCUGCAGUGGUCUUCGGAACGACUGUUAGUCUAAGUCCGGGUGCUACACAGGUGAUCAUCAACAGCCAGACACAUGCAUUGUCCGCGCCGGUGAUUACACCAGCUCCACUCGUCACAAUUGACGGAACGGUGUACGCGCCCAAUGUCGGAUCAACGUAUGACAUUGGAUCCCAGCAUCAACUUCUCACGCCUGAUGGGCAGAUUGUGGCUUCAGGCACAACUGUAUCUUUGGCUUCUGAUGGGGCGCAAGUGUUCGUGAACGGGGUUGCGCUGUCAGCUGGUGCGUCAGAGCCUGGAGCAUACAGUGGAGAUGAUCUCGCUACCAUCACCGCCCCGCCAGUCCUCACUGUCGACGGAAAUGCGUUCGCGCCGAACGGCGCUACAGCGUACAUCAUUUCUGGCGAGCUUUUGACUCCCGGAGGCGCAGUCACGAUGAUCCGACCUGACGGCAGCCGUGAGACGAUUUCGUUGAACUCAGCAGCUAACAAACUGGUCACUGCUUCGGAAGGUGUCACUGGCACAUCUUUGAUUGGUCUCAUGGGAGCUUCGCCAAGUGGAGCUCCUGUUUUGACAAUCAAUGGCAAGACAUAUACUGCAGUCUCGUACGAUGCUGGAUCCGGUGCUACGUACCUCGUUAAUGGCAAACCUUUGACACCCGGUGGGAGCGUUGUCCUCACUGGCUCAGACGGUUUGGAGACGGUUUCUUUGGUACAAGACGGUACGGCUCUCGUAAGCAUUCGUUCUGGAACGACAACUACUUCUCAAAUACCUGGCGCUUAUAGAGUUCUGCCCACUGCCGCUCCCAUCCUUACAAUUGGAGGAGAGAGAUUCAAUGCGAUCAAUAAUGGCGCUACCUACGUGAUCAACGGAGAGACUUUGACUCCUGGUGGGACCGACACGGUCGUGAUCAGCGGACAUAGCUUUGUCGUUACGCUUUUUCCGCAUGCUACGAUGCUUGAAAUUCAAGUCCUUGGCUCUGAUAGUGAAGUCAUCUCAACGAUGUUCGAGACGCUCUUCCCGGCCACUAUGACUGGGACGACUGUGUACAACACACGCGGUACUACUGCGACUGUAGGCGCGGGCGCGACUGCUGGAUCUGGCGCUUCAGCUACUUCGGGCAAUGGAGCCGUUCUUGCUGGUGCUGGUUCUUCUUUAGCCAUCGAGCUGAGCGUUGUCUCUUUGGCACUUGGAUCUCUUGCUCUAGCAAUUUGGCUAUGA